AUGCCGUGGCGGGUUGUGCAAGACGAUCCUAUGUCUGCGGCGCCAGAGGGUUUGGCAGAUGAAGUUGGUGUUGAAGCAAAUGACACACGUGGCAGUGGUAGUGGGUCAACUAGUUCAACUAGCUCUGACUCUAGCUCCUUGUCCUCCUCAUCACCAGAUUCAACUCCUUCCAACAUGGAGCAGGCUGAGGCGGCUGAGGAAACACGUCCUCCUCCUCCUCAGGCUUCCAGAGGUUCCAAGAGGAAGGACAUCCAGCUUACCGAAGCAUGGGAGGCUGCAGCCACAGGCCCUUCUGUGCUCACUGAGUUGUUUCAGUGGCCUGAACAUGCCACUGCGACUCUCUGGGCUCAGCGUGGAGAGGGCGGGACUACAGCAGCUGCCGUGGCUAUGGACAAUUUGACAAAGUUUCACAGCCUGCAGCUCAUCAUGACGUCAGAUUUCUCAGGAAUGGGAACCGCCGAGCUGGCAGUUGAGAUGGCCCUGGAUGCUGCACAUUGCAACUCACCUGCCCACAUCUUCGAGGACCUUUUCGCCCGACUUUCCAAGAAGGCUCAGGACGACAUAGCUUUGUCAGAGAAGCUGACAGCUGACACCCUGGUGGACAUGAAGAACAAGGACAAGGAAGUUCUUCAACUCUAUGGGGACAACCUUCUCUCAGAGUACAUGAGUGCUCAACAUGAUCGAGUUUGCCCUCUACCACAUGUGGAGUUGCCUGCAGCAACACAGAAGGCCCAGGCCAAGUCCAAGUUCGUGCUGAGUUUCAAUGAGGCUGCCGUCAAGCAGCGAUUGUCAAAGCAAUACAAGAAAGGCAUGCUUACCACUGAGUGCUUUAACUUGCUGCCGGCUGCAAAGCAGAAGCGGGUGACAGCAUACAAAAUCUCGCGACCAAGUACACAACAAGCCGCAGUACAUGAAGGUCAAUGCUGCCGAUGGCUCUGA